GAUGAGUGAACUAAUUCAACAGCGACAGAAGAGCCCUUGGCUUUGGCCUCGUCUUGUUUAUAUGCUGCUCAAGGAAGGAAGAGAGCAUGAGAGGAACCUCAAGAUCCUUCACAAUUUUACAGAUACAGUCAUUGCAGAAAAAGCUGCAGAACUUGAGAACACCAAGCAAAUGAAAUGUGAUACUGAUGGCAACUGUGAAGAAGGUGGCUCCAAAAAGAGAAAAGCUUUCCUGGACAUGCUGCUGAGUGCAACAGAUGAUGAAGGGAACAAACUGAGCUACAGGGACAUUCGUGAGGAAGUGGAUACUUUCAUGUUUGAGGGCCAUGAUACAACAGCAGCUGCUAUGAACUGGGCCCUGUACUUACUUGGACAUAAUCCUGAAGCCCAGAAGAAGGUUCACAGAGAACUGGAUGAGGUGUUUGGCAACAGCGAGCGUGCUGUUACAAUGGACGAUUUGAAGAACCUUCGAUACCUUGAGUGUGUUCUGAAAGAAGCCCUUCGGCUCUUCCCUUCAGUUCCGUUGUUUGCCCGUGCCUUGAGAGAGGAUUGCUGUAUUAGAGGAUAUCAGGUACCAAAAGGCAUAAAUGUUAUUGUCAUAACUUAUGCCCUGCACAGAGACCCCGAGAUCUUCCCUGACCCAGAGGAGUUCAGGCCUGAGCGAUUCUUCCCUGAAAAUUGUAAGGGAAGGCACCCGUAUGCUUAUGUGCCCUUCUCAGCUGGUCCCAGGAACUGCAUUGGUCAGCGCUUUGCACAAAUGGAGGAGAAAGCUCUUCUAGCCCUCAUCCUGCGGCGCUUUUGGGUGGACUCAUGUCAAAAGCCAGAAGAGCUUGGUAUAACUGGAGAACUGAUUCUUCGUCCAAAUAAUGGUAUCUGGAUUAAGCUGAAGAGGAGGCCAAACACUGGAUCAGAAUGAAAGGAAAUUCAAGAUUUUAUUUUUCCAAAAACUUCCAAGCUUUUUAGGUUGAGAGAUGUUUUUAAAUCAGAUAUUUUUUAUGGCAGUCCAGCAAUUUCUUGAAACUGAAGUCAUUACUGAUUGUGUCAUUAAAGAGGAUGUUGUAA